UGGUCCGUCGCGAACUUCCGCCGGGUUCCUUGCCCGGAAUGUGGACACGGCGGUCCCAAUGAAGGUGAAAGAGCCUCCUGUCUGUUCUGUGGUUGCCUGAGACACCUGGACCUCUGUGUUGUUUACACACACACAGCUUCACGGCCGCCCCCAGGCAGAGAGAGGUGAAUCCCAGCCAACACAAGGAUGAAGGGGCUGACCGUCCUGUCCCUGCUCCUCUGGCUGUGCGCGGCGUACUUCGUGGGCAUCUACCUCUUCGUGGGUGGAUUCCUGCUGGUGAGGCUGGAGGUGAACCGGACCAGCACCUGCGAGGACGUGCUGCAACCCGGAGAAGGACCGCAGGAUUUCUGCCAGACCCAGCCUAGGUUCCGCAAGGCAGUCGUCCUCAUCGUUGACGCACUGAAGAUCGACUUCGCCCGGUUUGACCCCACCAGGACCACGCCACGACCCUACGAGAACAAGCUGCCCGUGUUGGAGGAGACGGUGUCGUCCAGGCCCACGCAAAGCCGCUUGUACCCCUUCAGAGCCGACCCACCUACAACCACCAUGCAGAGGAUCAAGGGCUUCACGACGGGGUCCCUGCCGACCUUUGUGGAUGUUGGCAAUAACUUCGCGUCCAGCGCCAUCUUGGAGGACAAUCUUAUCCACCAGCUGGGACAGAUGGGUAAACGGGUCGUGUUCAUGGGCGACGACACCUGGGAAAAUCUUUUCCCUAAAAAGUUCUAUCGCUCUCUGCCUUUCCCUUCUUUCAACGUCAAGGAUCUGGACACUGUGGAUAACGGCAUCCUGCAGCACCUCUACACAACUAUGGUGGGGGAUGACUGGGACGUGCUGGUGGCCCAUUUCCUUGGAGUGGAUCACUGCGGGCACAGGUUUGGGCCAGACCACCCCGCCAUGGCCGACAAGCUCACCCAGAUGGACGGUGUGAUCAGGUCUGUGAUUGACCGUCUGCAGAAUGACACCCUGCUGGUGGUGAUGGGGGACCACGGGAUGACCGACACAGGAGAUCAUGGUGGAGAAAGUCAGAAGGAGACGGAUGCUGCGCUCUUCCUUUACAGUCCCUCCCCCGUCUUUCCUGGACCGCCCUCUCAGGAUGAGCCAGAUGUUGUUCCACAGACAGACCUGGUUCCCACUCUGGCCCUGUUGUUGGGAAUACCAAUCCCAUUCAGCAACGUGGGGCAGGUCCUCCUGCCUUUAUUCCCUCCACCACAGACAGGAGGUGCAGUUACACGUCUCAGCCAGCUAGAGGCACUGUGGAUCAACACAAAACAGGUUAACCGGUUCCUGGAGACGUAUUCUGGUUUGGCCAAAGAUAUCACCCCAGAGAUCCUCUCUGAGCUGAAGGCUGAGUUUUCCCGCCUGUCCUCUGAGUACGUCAGCACGGUCAGAGAGGGACGGCCGCCGCCGCCACACCUGGCCUCUUCUCUGCAGGCCUACCUCACCUCCGUCAGGGACACCUGUCGAGCAACAUGGGCCCGAUUCAACCCUGUGAAGAUGGCGGCGGGUUUGGCCCUCCUGACGUUUGCAUGUUUGAUGUGUUUUGUGAUGUCUGAGCUGUCCAUGGUGCUGACGGAGGAGAAACGUGCAGGACUGAAAGCUCCGACUGCUGUGGCAGUAACUGUGGGGGUUGGCGUUGCUGCUGCUCAGCUGCUCACUCGGGGUUACGUGGAGGCGGCAUGGUGCCUGGCAGCGGGUACGUUCAGCUCUGAGAUCCUCUUCCUCUGGAGGGCAUGGCGACUGAACAGCCCCGCCGUUUUAAAGAAUGGAGCUAAAGCUUCAAAGCUCUCCAGGUGGAUGUCCCUGCGCCGCCUCCUCCUUCCAUCUCUGGUGGUGCUGCUCCUCCGUUGUGCCUCUCUACUUUCGGACAGCUAUGUGAUCUACGAAGGUCGAGUUGUGACCUUUCUUCUGCUCUCUCUGGCUCUCUGCAUUCCCAUCCAUCUCAACUGGAACGGCCAUCUUCUGCCUCCAACCCCUGACCCUCUGAAGUCUGCGGGGCUGUUGCCCUCCCCCACUUUAUCCCCAGCAGCCAUCAGAAAGGAGAGCAGCACCGUUUUAGGCUGCCUGGGAGUUCUCGUGAUCUGCGCCUACUUCUCGCUGUCGUUUCAUGGCUGCAGAGAAGAGCAGGGCUUCUGCCAGCCCUCGCCGUUCCUCUCUCCGCUCUCACGGUUGCAGGACAACCAGCUUAAGAACCUGUACUACAUCCUCUCUGUUAUCUCUCUGGCCGUCUGUGCAUACCUUCUGAGACUCUGCCUGUGCCACUACGGUAACCUGAACUCCUCGGGUAGGACUGCGUUCACUGCCCGCUGGAUCCUGCCGCUGCUCUGCAUCUGUACGGGCCUCCAUUGGGCCGUCAGCGCCACACCGGAGGACGGCUUCAGGAAGCUGGCUGAGCUGAUCCGCGUGGCGCAGCUGGCUCUCCCCAGGGCUGCCUUCAGCCUGCUGGGAGUGGGGUUGUCCCUGAUCUUUGUGGACCCCCUCACUGUGUUCGUGAAGACCAGGACCGCAGCUUCAGCCAGAAGCUCGGCUCUCCCUCUGCCCCGCUACCGAGCGAGCACCGGCAUCAGCCCGCAAGCUGAGCUACGCCACCUGAUCCCGCAGAUCUACCAGCGCAUGCGUCACUCCCUGGAGGACGGCGAGCUCAGUGGAGGCGCAGAGGAGGACAACCGGCCCGCUGUGGAGGCCUACGGACUGGGAACAGUCUACUCUGCUCCAGUGCUGCUGUUCUGUGGUCUGCUGGGAAUCGGGCUGCUGCUCCUGCACCCAGAGGGAAUGACUCUGUCUUUCCUGCUGCUGCUGCUGGAGAUGGGAGCUUUGUUACACAUUCACGCCUCCUCCACCACCCUCAGUGGCUCACCUAGAUCUACCUCGGGUGGGUUUAAUGUACCGUGGACUCCUGUGGUAGUGUGGUCGUUGGCUGCCACCCAGUUCUUCCAUGCCACUGGUCAUCUGCCCACCUUCCCUUCUAUCCAGUGGGGGGCUGCCUUUGUGGGAUUCCCCGAUGGCCACGCAGGCACUAUACUUCCAGCCUUCCUGGUCACCCUCAACACGUUUGCCUCACACAUCUUAUUUGCAGUGGGUUGUCCUUUGCUGCUGUUCUGGCCUCUGAUGCGGGAGGUCAGGGGGGGGAGAAGUUGUGGGGAAGAAGGUGAGGACGCCGUGAUGGAAAUGAGACUGAGAGAGAACCCCCAUCAGUUCAGCGCCGCUCUGCUGCAGCUCUCAACGCGCUACCUCUUUAUUCUUGGAGCCCAGGUGUUUUCUUCAGUCUGUGCUGCUGCUAUUCUCAGGAGACACCUAAUGGUGUGGAAGGUUUUUGCACCCAAGUUAAUGUUUGAGGCCUCGGGGUUCCUGGUGAGCAGCGUGUUCCUGCUGAUCGGAGUCACGUUGGUGCUCAGAAUCGACGUGGCCGUGGGCCGCUGGUUUAAAAAACUCAUCCCAGACGUCUCCAGGUAGCAACGGCACCACUGCUGCCGCCAAAGAUCACUGCGCCGCAUCGUAAGCUGACACGGAUGUGACUGGGAAGGAGUUCACAAAGACGACUAGAAAUCAUUGCCAUCUGUGAUGGACAUCUCCAUAAAACAUGUCUCAUGAGGUUGUCUGUGAAAGCUCUGAGGGCUUUGUUAAUAAUUACUGGUACAGAAGAACUUCAGGACAUCAGAUCUUUGGACUUUUCAUUCAAGCUGCCUCACAAAGGGUGAAGUCUUCUUGCAUGAGUUCAUGUGGUUGAGUGACCGGCGUUUAAUGACUGCUUCUGACUAAUGGGUGAAACCUUCCAAGCUACUCAGUUUUGCAUGUAGGUAAAAGCUUGAGGUUUGGACACGCUGCAGUUCUG